GUAGAAGAUUAAACCUGAGAAGCGAAGGAGGGAAAUUUCGGAAAACCCAACACGUUAAGCAGAACAACAAGAAUGGCAGCAGUACACCAUCACCAACCUCAAACCCUAGAAGAAGUCCGAACUCUCUGGAUCGGCGACCUUCAAAUUUGGGUUGAUGAAAAUUAUCUUCGCAGUUGCUUCCUUCAAACUGGUGAAGUUAUUUCUGCGAAGGUCAUACGUAACAAGAUUACUGGCCAUCCAGAGGGGUAUGGUUUUGUCGAAUUUGCUUCACAUGCAACUGCUGAACGUGUUUUGCAAUCAUAUAAUGGCACACUCAUGCCUGGAACUGAGCAGCCUUUCCGAUUAAAUUGGGCAUCAUUUGGGAUUGGAGAAAGAAGACCCGAUGCAGGUCCUGAGCAUUCCAUCUUUGUGGGAGAUUUGGCACCUGAUGUUUCAGAUUAUUUGUUGCAAGAGACCUUUAGAGCUCACUAUCCCUCGGUAAGGGGGGCAAAAGUUGUAACCGAUCCAAGCACAGGUCGUUCAAAGGGAUAUGGGUUUGUUAAAUUUGCUGACGAGAUGGAGAGAAACCGGGCCAUGACUGAAAUGAAUGGUCAAUAUUGUUUAUCGAGGCCGAUGCGUAUUAGUGCGGCGACUCCUAAAAAGGCACCAGGGAUCCAGCCACAGCCACAGUAUGCUGUAGCCAAAACCUUAUAUCCUGCUCCAACAUACGUUGUGCCUCCAGUUCAGCCAGUUCAGCCAUUGCCAGUGGAGAAUGAUCCAAAUAAUACAACGAUUUAUGUCGGUAAUUUGGACCCAAAUAUAACGGAAGAAGAGCUGAGACAACAUUGCUUGCAGUUUGGAGAGAUUGUUUACGUCAAAAUCCCAGCAAGCAAGGGAUGUGGUUUUGUGCAGUUUGCAACUAGGACUUCUGCUGAAGAAGCUAUUCAGAAGCUACAAGGAGUUGUGAUCGGUCAGCAAGUAGUACGUGUUUUUUGGGGCCGGAAGCAGGACUCUGCUACAUGGGGUCAGCAAGUGGAUCCAAGUCAGUGGGGUGCAUAUUAUGGAUAUGGGCAAGGUUAUGAUGCCUACGCAUAUGGUGCCGUUCAGGAUCCAUCCCUGUAUGCUUACAAUGUAUAUGCUGGUUACGCUCAAUAUCCUCAAGCGCCUGAAGGUGUUCAAGAUAUGGGUGCAGCAGCCAGUCUUGCUCCAGGAAUGGAGCAAAGUGUGGAGUUCUCUGAUCCCUUGGCUACACCCGAUGUUGACAGGCUUAAUGCAGAUUAUCUUGCUGUACAUGGAAGUGCGAUUCUUGGCCGUUCAAUGUGGUUAACAACCUCUUCAACAGCAAGACAAGCUUCAGCUGUUAUUGGGUCUCAGUAGUCAUGUAAUUAGCAAAUAGCAACUUAUCUGCAAGGAUUUUGUUGAGUAUAGUGUUACGUUUUGAGUUAACUUUAUUUUUAGUGUGGUUUAAACUUGUGGCUACAAAAGUUCAAUCGUUAGGGUUCUAGCUCCCUGAGUAUUAAUCAAUUCAGUUUAGCUUUAUA